AAAAAGUGGUUUCUCUUUUUUUGUUCUUUCUCUUUUCUCUUUUUUCUUUUUGAAAGAAGAGAUCGAGAAGCGAUGGGAAGGGCUCCGUGUUGUGAGAAAGUAGGGUUGAAGAGAGGGAGAUGGACCGCCGAGGAAGAUGAGAUCCUCACUAACUAUAUUCAAACCAAUGGUGAAGGUUCUUGGCGGUCUUUGCCUAAGAAAGCCGGAUUGUUGAGAUGUGGAAAGAGCUGUAGACUAAGGUGGAUAAACUAUUUGAGAAGGGACUUGAAAAGAGGAAAUAUUACGGCCGAGGAAGAAGACAUCAUCGUCAAGUUGCAUUCCCUUCUCGGCAACAGAUGGUCGCUCAUUGCAACACAUCUACCAGGAAGAACAGACAACGAAAUUAAAAACUAUUGGAACUCACAUCUCAGCCGCAAAAUCUACGCCUUCACUGCCGUUUCCGGAGACGAACACAAUCUAAAUAUUGAGGAUUUAGUCCUGAAUAAAUCUUCUUCUUCCUCGGGAGCCAAGAACAAGAACAAAACGACCAAGAAGAAGAAGAAGGGAAGAACUAGCAGGUCAUCCAUGAAGAAACACAAGCAAAUGGUGACAGCCUCGCCAUGUUUCCCACAACAGAAAGUGUUAGAGAGUGAGACCAGUGAAGAAGGGCAAAAUGGUCAUUUCGAAGGAGAGUCUUUAUUGGGUCCCUAUGAGUGGUUGGAUGGGGAGAUAGAGCGGCUCAUGAGUAGUUUCGUCUGGGAAUGUUCUAGUGGAGACGCUGUGAUUGAAGUAAAUGAUGGUGAGCCAGAUCAGAAAAAGGUGUGUGAGAGUGGAGACAAUAGUAGUAGCUGUUGUGUGGAUAUGUUUGAGGAAGAACAAGGAAAGCUUGGUAACAGAGAGGUUGAUCAUGACAUGAGUGUGGAAAAAGAAAGAGAGGAAAGUGUUUUGAGUUCGAAUUCAAAUGAAAAUGGUGAUACAGAUUGGUGGGUUGGUCUCUCUGAUUCUACGGAAGUUGGGUUUGGGACUGGUGAGGAGUUGCUUGAUUGGGAGUUUCAAGGUAGUGUGAAUUGUCAAAGUGAUGAUCUCUGGGAUCUAUCGGAUAUUGGAGAGAUCACAAUCGAAUGAUAUUACAAGCAAGUGGAUCGUAUAUGAAAACGCGUAUUAACCCGAUUAAACAUGCAUCUAUCUUUUGAUUGUAAAGCCUAGUGUUUUGUUUGGUUUAUAGUGGAUCUUGAGGUUAUGUAGUAGCUUGUUGGAGUGUUUUAAAAGUUAAUAGGGAUAAAAUGUAGCCUCUAGUUUAGAUCAGUUUGAAGCACGUUAUGCUUCUUCGUUUUUUUUAGUGAUUCGUUUACUAUUGCUAUAGUGUUUGAAUAUUUCGGUAUCAAAUUUUAAAGGAUA